AGUAUUUUAUUUAAAAAGUAGGGUUGGGGAGAGCAAAGGAUGUCCCUGAGAUGCACAGAGUAGAGAUAUCAUAGGAUGAGAUGUUAUGGGUGCUGAGUUCGAUUCUGACCUGGGACUGUUUGCUGAGACCACUAUCAUUUAAUUGUAGGGCCCUAUGUCUGGAGAUCAGCCACCCGUCGUUACAAUGUUGCAGCCCAUGAAUUCCCCCCUGGAUCCAUAUAAUUCCAUGUCUCCCUUGAAACCAGAGGUGCUGCUCCCAUUCUCCAGGUAUUUACCCCAAACCAGCAAUAGUGGGGACCUGUUUGGACCUUCCAUGAGCUCAACUCACAAACUUCAUCAGAUCCAAAUGAGCAGCAGUGAGCUCCGCCUUCCACACCUGGAACCUGUGGGAGGGGCUUGGCCAUUGCAGAGACUGUGGGAGGCGGGCCUAUCAAAUUCAGAGCCUAUCGCCCCUAUAGACUCAUUCAAUUGGCUCACACAGGUCUCGAGAUUGGGGUACCAUGUGCCUCACCCGCUGCCCAAUCAGAUGAUGCACGGACAACGUUAUGGUUUUGAUGGAGAAGAAAGAACAAGAACUGGAGCUUACGACUGCUGGUUGCAGCAGUUCUCACAGGGAAGAUUGGGCUUUUCACUCCCAGGGUUUUGCAUCAGAAAUGAAGCAGAAAUACAAAGCACAACAUUCCCAAGGAUUCCCCAGAGGAACGAGACUGGAGGCUCAGAGGUUAAACAGGAGUUCGGACGCCAGACGACACAGAGGAGGCAGCCAAUGAGGAGGCGGCGCAGGUCUCACGUGGUAGAAAAACUACUGGAGUGCAGUUACUGUGGGAAGAGAUUCCGACUGAAACAUCAGCUCGACACUCACUUCCGUGUGCACACAGGGGAGAAGCCAUUCUCUUGUACUUUGUGCAACCAGCGCUCCAGGGAUUACUCGGCCAUGAUCAAGCACCUCCGGACCCACGGGGUCCCCUCUCCAUAUUGCUGCACCCUCUGCAGUGAGUUUUGCUCCAGUAGAUCCAGCAUGCACCAGCACAUGGAUAGCCACCCGGCUACUGACAUCCCGGCCAACUGGACCAUCACUGACUCCUGCCUGUACUCCUCCAAGCAAUGACUCCCCUAACUGCCAUCUUCUCAGCUCACCCCCGGUUACCCCCUCUGAGCAGCACCAAGCAGAGAACAAUAAACUCAUCUGAUUGGUUACUAUGGGGUUAUAAGACCUGAAGCAAAAUCUGCACCUGAGGUUUAACUCUCCGCCUGUUCCACUGCUCUGAUUGGCUACAGAUGGUCAAUAUUCUAAUAAAACACAUUUACAA